AUGUCCAACGUUACUUCCGUCCACAACAACACUAAGUGGAACAUUAUCCCCACCUCUGAAGUCAGUCUCUGCGUAGAUCCGAAACACCCCAAUUCAUUGACACACUGGGUGCUCUCGCAUGAUCCUUCGUCAACCAAACUCUACCCAUGCUCCUACGCGGCGCCGGAAAAACUCCGGAAAGAUCUGAACAUCGCUUACUUUUUGAUUGAUCACGAAGAUCUGAUGACGGUUCAUCAAUUGGAAAAGGAGUUCUCGUACAAUACUUAUCAGUACUGGGGAGACUCGUUCAGCUCAAUUCUCCAGUUCACUCAUAUGAUUGAUAUGGUUGGAAUGGUCGCCGAAGACAGCAGAAGAAAGAAAAUGUAUCUCCGUACUAUUCCAGCAGUGCCAAUGGGUGACAACACGCUCGGAGAGUCUCGGGUCUUUGUCGAAGAGAUUUCGGCGAUGAUUCCUAUUUUGAGAGAACAUCAGGGAAACUCGUUUGAAAAGCCAGAAGCUGAGCAACAGAAAAUCUCCGAUAGAUUCAACCCAGCCAACAACUCUGGUCUCAUCCAAACGAUUACACUCUCACAAUUGAAAAAUCUUCUCGAAGAAUACGAUAUCGACAAAUCCCUGCUUACUGUAUGA